UCCCUCCCCCGCCCCCCUUCCUCCUCCCUCCCCGCUUUCCCGGCCGGCGGUUGCCGACACAAAAUGGACGCCGCUGUGGCCGAUGUCGUUUCUCCGGUGGCGGCGGCUCCUCCGGCCCCUGCCGCUGCCAGCCCGGCCCGCGAGGAGGAGCCUUCCACCUCGGCCGCCUGCUCUUCCUCCUCGCAGGAGCCCGGCGGCCCAGAGGAGAAAAAUGAUCCUCCAUUUCAACUAAAACCCCCUCCAAAGGCAUCUAAAUCUGAAAAAGACGUUGAUCCAGAAUAUGAAGAAAAGAUGAAAACAGAUCGAGCCAAGAGAUUUGAAUUCCUGUUGAAGCAGACAGAACUCUUUGCACAUUUUAUUCAACCAGCGGCCCAGAAAUCACCAACAUCUCCCUUAAAAGUGAAACUUGGACGACCACGAAUAAAGAAGGAUGAAAAACAGAGCUUGCUUUCAGCUGGGGAUUAUCGCCAUAGGCGCACAGAGCAAGAGGAGGAUGAAGAGUUACUUUCGGAGAGUCGAAAAACUUCUAACGUGUGUGUUAGAUUUGAGGAGUCGCCUUCAUAUGUUAAAGGAGGAACGUUACGAGACUAUCAAGUUAGGGGUUUGAACUGGAUGAUAUCUCUUUACGAAAAUGGUGUGAAUGGCAUUUUGGCAGAUGAAAUGGGUUUAGGAAAAACUUUGCAAACAAUUGCAUUGCUGGGCUAUCUGAAACAUUACCGAAACAUUCCUGGCCCUCACAUGGUUCUGGUCCCAAAAUCGACUUUGCACAACUGGAUGAAUGAAUUUAAACGCUGGGUUCCAUCUUUACGUGCUGUUUGUCUCAUUGGAGACAAGGAUGCCAGAGCUGCUUUUAUCCGUGAUGUUAUGAUGCCUGGAGAAUGGGAUGUGUGUGUGACCUCCUACGAAAUGGUAAUUAAAGAGAAGUCUGUUUUCAAAAAAUUUAACUGGAGGUAUCUGGUGAUUGACGAAGCCCACCGAAUAAAGAAUGAAAAAUCAAAGCUCUCUGAAAUUGUUCGUGAGUUCAAGACAACAAAUCGGUUGCUAUUAACAGGAACUCCCUUACAGAAUAAUCUCCAUGAGCUCUGGGCAUUGCUCAAUUUCCUUUUACCUGAUGUCUUCAAUUCUGCAGAGGACUUUGACUCAUGGUUUGACACAAAAAACUGUCUUGGUGAUCAAAAACUUGUAGAGAGACUUCAUGCAGUUCUGAAGCCAUUUUUAUUACGACGCAUAAAAGCUGAAGUGGAAAAGAGCUUGCCUCCUAAAAAAGAAGUAAAAAUUUAUCUAGGACUCAGCAAAAUGCAGAGGGAAUGGUAUACCAAGAUCCUGAUGAAAGAUAUUGACAUCCUCAACUCAGCUGGAAAAAUGGAUAAGAUGCGAUUGUUGAACAUUCUGAUGCAGUUGCGGAAGUGUUGUAAUCACCCAUAUCUGUUUGAUGGUGCCGAACCUGGCCCGCCCUAUACCACUGAUACUCAUCUUGUGACCAACAGUGGCAAAAUGGUUGCUCUGGAUAAAUUAUUAUCAAAACUCAAAGAACAGGGUUCCAGAGUUCUCAUUUUUAGCCAAAUGACCCGUCUACUGGAUAUACUGGAAGAUUAUUGUAUGUGGCGGGGCUAUGAGUAUUGCCGAUUAGAUGGGCAAACCCCACAUGAAGAGAGAGAGGAAGCAAUAGACACCUUUAAUGCUCCUAACAGUAGAAAGUUUAUUUUUAUGCUGAGUACAAGAGCUGGAGGCCUGGGGAUUAAUUUAGCAACAGCUGAUGUUGUUAUCCUCUAUGAUUCUGACUGGAAUCCACAAGUUGAUCUGCAAGCAAUGGACCGUGCACAUCGUAUUGGCCAGAAGAAGCCAGUUCGUGUAUUCCGACUUAUCACUGACAAUACUGUUGAAGAGAGAAUUGUAGAGAGAGCUGAGAUAAAACUGAGGCUGGACUCAAUAGUUAUUCAGCAAGGGAGACUUAUUGAUCAACAGUCUAAUAAACUGGCAAAAGAUGAAAUGCUGCAGAUGAUCCGGCAUGGUGCGACACACGUGUUUGCUUCCAAAGACAGUGAACUGACUGAUGAAGACAUUACCACUAUUUUAGAAAGAGGUGAAAAGAAGACAGCCGAAAUGAAUGAGCGUUUGCAAAAAAUGGGUGAGAGCUCUCUCCGAAACUUCACUAUGGAUACAGAAAUGAGUCUAUACAAUUUUGAAGGUGAAGAUUACAGGGGGAAACAAAAGCUGAGCAUGAUGGAAUGGAUAGAACCUCCAAAACGAGAGCGUAAAGCCAACUAUGCCGUCGAUGCCUAUUUCAGAGAAGCUCUCCGUGUCAGUGAACCGAAAAUCCCAAAGGCUCCACGACCUCCAAAACAGCCAAAUAUUCAAGAUUUCCAAUUCUUUCCUCCACGGUUGUUCGAACUUCUUGAAAAAGAAAUUCUUUAUUAUCGGAAGACCAUAGGCUACAAGGUCCCCAGGAACCCUGACCUCCCAAAUGCAGCUCAGGUACAGAAAGAGGAACAACGGAAGAUUGAUGAGUCGGCUCCUCUUACUUCAGAAGAGGCUGAAGAGAAAGAGAAACUUCUCACCCAGGGUUUUACAAACUGGAACAAAAGAGACUUCAACCAGUUUAUUAAAGCUAAUGAAAAAUAUGGACGUGAUGACAUAGAUAAUAUUGCCCGUGAGGUGGAAGGAAAGUCACCUGAAGAAGUUAUUGAGUAUUCAGCUGUUUUUUGGGAACGUUGUAAUGAACUCCAGGAUAUUGAGAGGAUCAUGGCUCAGAUUGAACGAGGGGAGGCCAGAAUACAGAGGAGGAUUAGCAUCAAAAAAGCCCUGGAUGUCAAAAUUGCAAGAUACAAAGCACCUUUUCAUCAGCUGCGUAUCCAGUAUGGCACAAACAAAGGCAAAAACUACACAGAAGAGGAAGACAGAUUUUUGAUAUGCAUGUUACAUAAAAUGGGAUUUGAUAAAGAAAAUGUUUAUGAAGAACUAAGACAGUGUGUACGCAAUGCACCCCAAUUCAGAUUUGACUGGUUUAUCAAGUCUAGAACAGCAAUGGAACUCCAGAGACGCUGCAAUACGCUCAUAUCACUCAUUGAAAAAGAAAAUAUGGAAAUUGAGGAGAAAGAGAAAGCUGAAAAGAAGAAGCGGGGAACGAAAGCUUCAGCGUCACAAAAAAGAAAAGCAGAUUCUGCCACAGAGAGCUGUGGAAAAAAGGAUGCCAAGAAAGUGAAGACGUAAAAUUGGGAAACAAUGCUCAAUUAAAGCUGCCAUGUUCUCUUCUCUAUCUCCCAAUGUUACUGACACUGUCUGUGUAUUCAUGGUACCUCCCCAAAACAAAAAUCCCCUGUUGUUUUAAUUUUUGCAAAUCUGUAUAUUUUACAAUGCCUUUCUUUAUCUAAUGUGUAGCUUUAUAUUUUAUGCAUUCCAAUAUUUUUGUGCACUUGAUAUUUUUUUGAUUUUUUUCCUCAUGUCUUCAGUAAAAUUUACUCAGUCCUUGUUCCUCUGAAGCUUGUGCUGAGGUUUUAGCUUUCAUAUGAUUUAUAUGCUACUGCUUUGACAAAAAAAAAAAACAACCCUUGAAUUCUAUUGUUGUAUUAUUGUUGUUUGCUACUUUAUAUGAUGGUGAAAAACCAAACUGAAUUAAAACGA